UAAAUAGUUUCAAAUAUUCUAACAAAAAGAAAACCCAGUUUAUAGUACGAAAAAAAAAUAUAUUUGCAUCUCUAACACCAACAACAACAUACAAUGCAAUGAAAUGCACGUAGAGGUUUGGCACUAUAAAUACGUAUUAAGUUUAUCAAAAACAUUGAAAGAUUGGUGUUGGGUAUAUUGUGUUAUAGUUAGAUUACUGUUAUCUUUUGAGCGGCAUUCACUAUGAAUAAGAUGAUAACCGAUUACUAUAAAAUAAAUCGCAGUAAAGUAGUUCAAAAUAUGGACGGUACUCCACAAAAAAGAUAUAAUUUAAGUUUAAAGUCAACGACGCCAAAUAAAAUGGUGAAAACCGAUCAAACUGUAGAUGUUAUUGAUUUGUGCAGUGAUGAAGAGACAGAUACUAACACGGAUAAUACCAACAGUGCUAUUAAAUCUUCUCCAAUGUGUUUACGGUUCGAUGAUUCAGAUACUACCAAUAGUACUAUUUUAUAUACUCCAAAAACUCCAACUAAUAGUUACGAGAGCACUCCAAAGAAAAUUAAUAGUCCUGGAACAUCAAAAAAGUUCUUUUCUCCAACCAAAAAUCGUCUGGUAAAUACACCACAAAAGGCAAAAAAGAACUUGCAUAACAUGUUUAACUCCAGCGAUGGGGCUCUUGAUGAAUCAUUUCCCGAUGAAUUUAAAAGUUAUGAUGAUAAAACCAUGUUUCUAUUGAAGAUUAUUCACAAUUAUCUUUAUGAUGAGCCUCUGAGGAAACUGUUACCUGAAUCUGUACACAAUCUACUGAGUAAGACUUUGGAAGUAGUGAAGCCGGGCAUGCGUUUGAUAUGUAGAUUAUUCUGGCGCAAAAGAUGCUGGUAUAGAAGAGAGGAUGCUAAAAAGAUUGCUGGUGGAGACAACAAUAUUGAUGAUCCUCAUUUUGAGUUUAUGAUCAAUUCUUUAGUAGAGCAAGGCUUCAUCAAGUAUUCUGCAAAUGAUGUAAAUUGCAUGACAUUUGAUGAUUAUGUUGAAGUAUUGAAACUUAAUGAAUUAAAAGAUGUAUGCAAAGAUUUGAAUAUUAAAGUGAAGACUAAACAAGAGGCAAUAACGUCUUUAAAGAACUUUAUUUCCCGCACUGUCAAUAUAAGCAAUUAUUUCAAAGGUGAAAAGAGUAGUAAUGCAAAUAGAGGAAUGGAAAAAUUGAGACUCAAAGCUGGUAAAUGCUAUAGACUGAGUGAAAGCGCUGAUGUGACAUUUACAAAGUUAUAUUACCUUAUGUAUUUUGGAAUUGACUACAGUAUAAUAAGAGAAAGUAAAUUGGAAUUAAUACUUCUUAAUAGCAAAGUGAAAAAGGAAAUUUAUCCAAUAAAUGAUGAUAUUACGUUAGACAAUGCAAGUGUGGUUUUUAAUACGAGUGAUGAAUUUGAAAGUUACAUGAACGCAUAUAAAAUUUCUCAAAAAUGGCAUAUAGCGAAUACUACUGAUGAAAAAAUUGUCAUCAGCUCUAUGGUUUAUAGUUUGUACAAGAAUCUUAGUGAAGAAGAAUGGAAUUAUUACAAAUCAUUGCCUUCAUGGUUGCGAAAGUACACACCGGGACACAUAUACAUCAAGUUAUUAGAAAAAAGUGUACCGGAGUUGAAAAAGAUGAAAGAAAAGAAAUAUAUUAAACAGGCACUGAAAAUUCUGACCACGUUGAUACAACAGUCUGCCUUUAGACAACAUAAAAAGUCUCUGUGGUACGCUGAAAAGGCACUUAUUUUGGAAAAACAUGAAAACUCUUAUGAGAAGGCAGCAGAGGUUUUGUUAGAGGGACUUAAGUCUGAUAUAGAGGAGGAUUGUAAAUGUGAGAUGCGACCACGAGCUUUUAAACUGGCAACAUUGAAGUGUACAGAACUAAGUGAUGAGUUGCGACAACAACUGCUACAAUGUGCUCUACUCAACUCUGUCAAGGAGAAUGAUUUUGAAGCAAAACAUAUUUAUAAACAACCAACAGAGACGUGUAACAACCGCGGCAAGAUAAAGUUUGAAACGUUGACGUCGGACGGCAGCCGCAUGUUCCUGGACGCGGAGGAAUACUGCAUUGAAGAGUAUAUAAAUACUGGAGAAUACACUCACGGCGGCCAUUGGGAGGGCAGGAUUAUAUCGACGAUAUUCUUCGUGUUGUUCUGGGACAUAAUAUACGUACGUCUGCCCGGCGUGCGCGGCGUGUUCCUGUCCCAGCUGCAGAUGUUCCCGCAGGAUCUGUUCACUGACAGCUUCUAUGUGAACCGCAAGGCCCUCAUCGACGACCGCCUCAGAGAGAUCAGCAACGCGACAGAGAGUGAAUUGUUGACCUGGAUACAGGAGACUUGGGAUGCACGCCCUGAAGGCGAACUGUCAGGCAUAACGCGCAGUAUCGGGGUGGAGCGUGUGAAGGCGGUGUGCCGGUGCCUGGGCGGCGCCGCCACCAGUGCUCUCUGCGCCCGCCUCGCCAAGGACUACCGCCGCACACACAGCGGCUUCCCAGACCUCACACUAUGGAAUCAAAUCACCAAACAGAUAAAGUUCGUGGAGGUGAAGACGGACUCUGACAAGCCGUCUGUGAAGCAGCUGCAGUGGCUGCGCUACUUGGUGGACGCGGGGCUGCGCGCGGAGUUCUGCUACGUGGGCACCAACACCACGCGCUGCAAGGCGCGAGCCGCACCGCAACACCUAUAGCCUACUCACCUAUACACUAGCGAUAGAAAGAGACCGCCUUCACUUUGUGCCAAUAACUUUUUAUUAUUAGAUUAUGACCUGUUUACAUUAUUCCAGUCUAAGAUCCAGUGCUGGAUUGCAACUGAUAUAUAUACAACACAGUGCAUUCUGGCGUGCUAUCAUAUUUUCGAGUUGUAUUCCAGUGCUGGAUUUAACAACUGGUUUGGACAAUUUUCGAUUUUAAUAACGUUGCCGCCUUAUAAUGUUUUAUCAAUGUGCGUAUUAGUCGGGUUGGACCAUAAAUUAAGAUGUUGAAGAUCUUUGUAACUGACUUCCAAAAGGAGGAAGUUAUAAAUUAUAUUCUAUCAUUACUAUCGUUAAAUUGAACAGGGUCAUAAUUUUUUUUUUCUAUUUUCUAUGACUCUUGUAGCAAUAAACAUGUCAAAACAUGUUACUAGGAAAUUAAGUUUCAACAGAUUUGAUGACUAAAGUACAAUUAUUAACAGUUAUAUUCUUAAGUUAUACAGAUUCGUUUACUAAUUCUAGCUUGAAUAAAUAUCUCACUAAUAUAGUUUUAUUGCAUAAAUCUCUUAAAACUAAAAGCGUCAAUAGCC